GCAGAGUGAGGCUGCCAGGCUGUCAGCUCAGUGAGGUUCACAUACUGGGAUGAGCACUGGCUGCUGAACUUCCCCUCCCCGCCCCCCGUUUUUGGAGAACAAAAGCAUGGGGAACAACUGGAAGACGCGCUACUGUAUUUUCCUGUCGGUUGCCUUCAUCUUAGUGUUAAUUGGUCUGAUUGCCUGCGUGGUCUAUAUCUCCUUCGCCCCGACCCAGCUGAGACAGUGCCAGGAGCAGCUGAAGAAAAACACCUCCGCUCUGACGGGGAAACUCGCCAACCUGGAGGAGGAGAAGAGGGCCCUGGAACAGCAGUGGGAUGGGGCGAGGGCAGAGGUCACGGCGCUGCGGUCGGAGCUGGCUGGCACCAAUCAGACCCUCUGGGAGACGCGCGGGCGCUGGGACUCCUGCAAGAGCCUGACGCACAUCCUGCAAAACAACAUCACUGCCCUGAAGGAUGAAAUCACCCAGCUGGGAGGCCGAGGCACCGAGCAAGGACGGGGACAAGGUGAAAUAGACAAGCUCAGACAGCAGCUCCAGGAGGCUCAGCAGCACAGUGAUAAGCUCCAAGCUGACAUCCGGCGGCUGGAACAGCAGCAGCUCCAUAGGCAGACGAAUCAGAGCUCUGGUGGGAGCAGCCUCCGGAUCCCCAUCGUGGCCGGCUACCUGAGCCUGCUGGCUCUGUCCCUCACCGGGAUCCUGCUCCUGUGAGAGAAGCAGGGCUGACCAGGCAGCGGGAGAGUGGAGAAUCCCCAUGAGACCAGGUCACACUGCAUAGCACGGCCAGCUCGCCCCCAUCCCCAAAAUGCUCACGGGAACUAUUCUAAACCACUAGCUUGCUUGGCAUUUCCCCUGGGUCGUGCAGGGAGGCGGGUUCCUGCCCAGCCCAGCCCUGGCGGAAGGAUCUCGUUGGCUCCUGCCCAGCACUGGAAGACGAUGGGGAAAUGGUGAAGAAGAUCCAGCGGAUGAAGAGUGCAGGGAGGAUGGAGCCAAUUCAUCCAGAGCCCCUGGCGUUUCUUGGCUGGAGAUUGCCCCAGAGGACGGUUGCCCUGAGUGAGGUCAAGCCCCAGCUGGGGUAUUUGCUGCUCCCUUGAGGGUUUCUAUUUUUCUAAUAAAAUGUUGCC